GUGUCCUAUGUUUUUUGUUGAUGAAAUAUAUUUAUUUUGUGACUUAAUUUGCCAAAUAAAUUGCAAUUACUUGUUAUUUAGGGUUUUUAAUUGGCGGCUAAGAGGGGUACCGAUUUUGAAUCGCCGUGAAAUUGCUUGUUGAAUUUGAGAAUCAGGUUCUUGGUGGUGUGGUUGCAUGGCAAGUUUUGAGGGUAGGAUUUCGUAUCCGUCGCUUUCAAAGCUAGAAAAGGAGGGUAAUAAUGCGUAUCAAUUUGAUGAUGAUUAUAGUGACUCUGUUUGGACUGUGCCAGUGGACAAAAGUAUUGUGCCAUUAGGCUCAAAGUCGGUGAAAAAAGAUUAUCUUUAUUAGUUUCCGGCUGAGUCCGAUGAUUUUAUUGAUGGAGGAUAUGAUUCGGGUGAUGAUGUCUGUAUGUCAAUGCGGAAUGGCUUGCAACCAGAGGUAAACUUGAAGAAUGUGUUGAGUGGGUUAUUUGCAACCAUAACUGGGCGUAAUAAAGGCUCCCAGAAUGUUUCUUUGAAUCAGCAGUACCAAAGUUCUAAUGUUUCUUUUCUGGGGUCCGGAAAGAAUGGAGAUACCUAUUUGCAGUCCUCUGUUUAUGUACAGAGUGCCCCACCACUUCUGGAGCCAAGUGGGAUAAAUUAUAAUGCAUAUAAAGAGGUGUUGGAAGCUGAGCCUCAGGAGUGGCUUCCAGAUAGUUCUACCACAGUUUGCAUGCAGUGCGGUGCUCCCUUUACUGCAAUUACAUGCGGUGCUGUGCAAGUAGCAAAAUAUGACGUCAUGGAUUGGACGUGUACUCGAGGUUGGUUGAACUUGCCAGUUGGUUUCUCCAUGGAGCAUGAGAUCUACAAAGCAGCCAAUACCUUGAGAAGCUAUUGCCAGGUUGCUAGGUUGAAUCCAGAGAGAUCUAUACCAUUGGCUGUUCUGAAAGGAGCCAAAGGCUUAGCUAUUUUAACUGUUGUUAAAGCUGGAGUUCUUGUUGCAUACAAACUUGGGACUGGUCUUCUUAUUGCUCGAAGGUCAGAUGGAACCUGGUCUGCCCCAUCAGCUAUAUUCUCUGUUGGUUUAGGAUGGGGUGCUCAGAUUGGGGGUGAGCUCAUGGAUUUCAUAAUUGUUCUUCAUGAUUCAAAGGCCGUGAAGACAUUUUGUAGUCGAAUGCAUUUUUCUCUUGGUGCUGGCUGCAGUGCUGCUGCAGGACCUGUGGGGAGAGUGCUCGAAGCUGAUCUUCGGGCAGGGGAUAGAGGCUCUGGCAUGUGUUACACUUAUAGUUGCAGCAAAGGGGUGUUUUGCGGUGUGUCAUUGGAAGGGAACAUUGUUAUAACAAGAAUGGAUACCAACUUACAGUUCUAUGGUGAUCCUUAUCUCACCACUGCUGACAUACUUCUUGGGACCGUGGACAGACCAAAGGCUGCUGAGCCCUUGUAUUUUGCUCUGGAUGACCUCUACUCUAUCCUACAUUGUUAGUUUUAGCACCAUUUGGAUACAGUAUCUUGCUGCAGCUUGUCAAACAACUUGACUACAUGGUACAAUUCUUGCCCUGGAUGAUCAUUGACUCUACGUAUAGUUGCCUUUCGUAUUUAUGUGCAUGUGGAUGAAGGAAUAUUAUUUCAUGACUAACCACUUUUAUUCUUUCCUAUUGUCCAUUUUAUAAGCCAAAUUUCGCAUUGGAUCAAAUAUGGAUGUACAUUUGUCAAAAAAACCAGUCACUUACCAUGUAAAUAUUUCGUACUUUUACUUGUAAAACUCUGUACAGAGAAAUGCUUGAUAAUUCAAAUAUACAUUUA